AUGGCGGAUGAGGAGGAACAAGAUUCGACAGAGUCUGUGGACGAAAAGAGUGACGAGGAGGAAGAACCGUCAGCUAGAAAUGCACGAAAAUGUUCUUGGCUCUCACAAUCGUUACUCAAGAAAGAGAACAGAGCAAGAGUGAAACAGAUUUCAAAAAUUUUGAAGAAAAUUGAAUCAGAAAAAACCACAGAGGAUUUACAGAUUUUGGCUAACUCACCUGAAAUCACAAAAAGGCUAACUAAACAGGCUUUGAGGAGAGAUGCAAUGAAGCAAAGGACAUUGGAGAUUAACGACCCUGAAGAAGUUUUACAGAAGAAAUGUGAGCAGCUAGCAGAUGCUAUCAAGGAAUCGGAGAAAAUCGUCAUCUACACAGGCGCUGGCAUAAGUACUGCUGCAUCAAUACCUGAUUACAGAGGACCAAAUGGUGUGUGGACAAUGCUACUGAAGGGACAACAACCGAUAGCUCAGGAUCUAAGUGAUGCAGAGCCGACUGCCACACAUAUGUGUAUAACCAAACUGGAGAGUGAAGGACAUGUAAGUCAUGUUGUGUCUCAGAAUUGCGAUGGCCUUCAUCUCAGAAGUGGUUUUCCUCGGAAGAAGUUGUCUGAGGUCCACGGUAACAUGUACAUUGAGCUAUGUAACAGCUGUAAGCCCCCACGAGAGUAUAUACGCUUGUUUGAUGUUACUGAGAAAACUGGUGUGCGGCGACACGCUACAGACCGUAACUGUCACAGCUGUAAGAAGCCUGUGAGAGACACCAUUGUACAUUUUGGUGAAAAAGGGGGAGUGAAGUCACCAUACAGAUGGAAAGAAGCAAGCAAGGCAGCUGAAAAUUGUGACCUCAUCCUGUGUCUGGGAACAAGUCUUAAGGUAUUGAAUACAAACCUUAUUUCACUCGCCUUCCAAAGAGCUAGUUGUUGUGAUGACGUGAUGAAACGAGUGAUGGAUAGAUUUGGAUACACCAUACCUUCGUAUUCGAGGAGUAUGGAUCCAAUCUUUAGACACGCAACUCCUUUGAAACACCAUGAACGGAAGAAUGUAAACAAAAAGAUUCUGGAAGUCCCUGCCAAUUAUGCCAGGAAGCGAAGAACUUCAAGCAAAAAGAAUAUCGUACAAUUUGGCAUGAAGAAGAUGAGGACAGAAAGUACAGUGUUUUCAGCUUCUGGAGAUGAUACAAAAAUGCAGCUAUCAGGAGUUAUCUCCCCUUUGAAUGGAAUCCUGAAGAAAGAGUGCACAGCUGAAGUAAACUUCAGCAAUAUUAAGUCCAGGUUACAUAUCCCAAUGCAGACGAUAUCUUCCAAUAAUCUUCCUUGCACCAUAUCAAGUCCGUCACACGAAUCAAUGUCCUUCCCAUUAGAUUUGUCCACAUCUGGUCCGCUGAGUGGGACUUUGAGAUUAGACCAAUCUCGAGCUUCCAUCAAUGAAAGCCGUAUUUCACAGCAUGAAUUGAUUGGUCAAUGUCCAAAAUGUGCUACCUUCCGAACUAUAGGAUCAUUAUGUAGUUGUUCUCCAGUGCCAAGUCUAAAUCUUCAAACUCAGGGUAUACCAAGUUUGCCACUACACUACAUGUCCUGUCUGGGUCUACAUAUAAUGGAGGAUCCCAGACUGAUGCAGUUACGUCCACUCCAUCCCAGUUUAUGGCCACAUCCAUGUAUUCCCCAAGUCUUUCAGCCCGGUAACAAGAUUGACUAUGUGCUCAAAGACCACUGCUACCUCAAUAAGGACCAGAUGCAAAAACUUUCCCCCAAAAGUGAGCAACCGGCCAAGAAAGACAAUGCACCAACAAGUUCCCUGAACUCUCCUGGGAAGAGGGAGACCCAUUUUGAGAAAAGGCCUUCCCUAAACAAUGCAAGUGCUUCCCGCUCUCGACCUACAGAGGCAGUGUUGAGUACUACAGAUAUACCUGAACAGUCACCUACGGCAGUGGUGGGACAGAACAUGUUACUACUUACACCACAGGACUCGGAUACCACAUGUGUGCCAAAAGUCUGUCAUAAGCGCAGCAAAACCUCUCAGGAUACUGUUAUAGAUAGCGAGGAUAACACAGAUCCCACCUCAACUACAAAGAAACCUAACCUGUGUCGCAGCCUGUCAGUACCGGGCUGGUUUGGGAAAGGAUUAAAGAUAGGGAAGAAGAAGCGAUGACUAUCAGAUAUCAUUCAGUAUUCAGGGACAUAAAUUACCGCCUUUAUAUUUAAGUUAUUCUUCAUUCUCUGUGAUACAACUAAUUAAACUCAGGUAUUAUCUUAAUUAAUUUCAAAUUGAAAUUUACAAAAACAAGAAAUUUAAAAUGAGCAAAUUAGGAACCUGGAAAAAUUACUGAAACGUGUCCUUAUAAUUAUUGGCACAUCAGUUUACGUUUAAACAUGUUAAAAACAAAACUGAAAACAUCUAACUUGAACACAGAGAAAAGUCUGCCCUUUUAUUAUUUGUAUCAUUUUUGUACACCAGGAUUUCUUAUAGAGUUUGACCCCAAACCUGAUCCAUAUGUGUUGAAACUUACACUGUAUUAACAAGACAAGUGAUGAAAAUUACAAUGAUAAAAUGUUGACACUCCAACACAGUACACCUGUCAGUUGUAGGGAAAUUGCAAAUAUGAUAAUACAUGUAUUUGUGAUAAAGGUAAAAUUAUAGGUUAAUAAAUGCUCAAACAUUCAGCUACCUCUUUGAAUUUGUAAUAGACCUUACACAUUUUGAAUUAAGUACUACAGCAGGAUACAAAGUUAGGUACUUCCAUACUUAUUAUAACAGUAAUAAUAUUCUUUGCAUUUUUCAUGCUAAUUCAGAAAGCACUAAAUAACUCAUUCACCCCUGAAAUUUCAUAAUGGACUAUUCCAACCUUUGAAUUGGAAGUGUUCAAAUGUGUCUUCAGGGGUGAAUGUGUUAAUAACGCUUAAAAAAUAACAGCUACAGAUAGCUUGGGUAUUAAUCAUAGCGCAUGUUACUUGUGGAUCCUCACUGACAUAUGUCCAAUAGGCUUACAGUACCAGCAUAAGGUCUGUUUUAAUAUAUUCAAUAACAAAAAUAACUGGAUUUAAAAUUUGUCACUAAGGUUGAUGUUUACAGCUGACAUAACGGAAUACCUUAUUACUUCAUCUAAAUGUACCCAAAUAACCUAUUGUUUCAUAUUGAUGUAACGGAAUACCUUAUUACUUCAUCUAAAUGUACCCAAAUAACUUAUUGUUUCAUAUAGAUGUAACGGAAUACCUUAUUACACUGUUUUCAUCAGGGAAGCUUAAUAUUUGUAAAAAUCAGCAAGAUUUCCAGAUUUUGUGCCAGUAAUUAAUUGUAGUGAGAAUCCUACGUAUUUACUUUAAUUGUAUGAUUUUGAAGGUGUUUUAUUUAUAUACAUUUAUGUACUGUUUUAGCUUCACUAUUUCUUUUUUUGCCGUAAGAAUUAUCUUCAUUCCUUAUUACAUGUUUUCAAGCUUCAUUUUUUCAUUGUCUCUUUUUUAUUCUACAAUUAAUUCCAUCACUGUACAAGAGAAAAUAGGAUUGAGUAUUGGGAACUUUGAGGAAAACAUAUUCACCAUAUUGAUUUCAUGAUUAAUUCUAUUAAUGAAAUGAAAAUAUAUUCACGUCAGUGCUGAUUACCACAUUUACCUCACAAUGGACAUUGGUCAGUAUUACAUGUUCAUUGGACAUUUGUUAAGUUCACCUCUCAAUUGGCACCGGUCAAUUUGACCUAUCAAUGGACAUUGGUCAGUAUUACAUGUUCAAUGGACAUUUGUUAAGUUCACCUCUCCAUUGGCACUGGUCAAUUUGACCUAUCAAUAGACAUUGGUCAGGUGCCAAAAUGCAAUCUGCUAUGUUGGUAAUGCAAGCUAAGGUUAAGUUAUGACAGUUGGAUAUACAAAAUUCAUCCACAAUGACCUCCAAAUCAGGGGUUUCCAUAUUGUUAUUAGAUAUCCUGUAAACAGGAUGAAAUGUGCCUAUCAGUUGAAGAUUCCUAUAUUUUCUCAAAUGUCAGAGUUCAUUUGAUUAUUUGAAGAUAUUUACUCAUUUUGUGGAAAACAUCUAUGAACAUUAUUCAGUACCUGAACCAUAACGAGUUGAUACAUGAAAUGGUGAGAGUUGAUGUCAGUCUCGCUGGGCACACAACAUACCUGGACUGUUUGAAACUUCUUGUGAAAAUACAGUUACUGGUGGACAGGAGUUUUUUCUGGACCCGACAUGAUUUAGAUCAAUAGUUAGAAAAUAGCUCUUUACAUAUAGAUUUAUACUACCUUAUAAUUAUGUGACAGAGUUUUAUCAAGAAGAAAGUACUGUAAGGACCCUCUCAUUCUAACAUUUUUAUCAUUGAAAGCAUCAUCUUAAUUCACACAAUAUAUUUUUGAACACUGCUGUAAUUUGAGUAUGUAAUAUUUUCAACCCAAUUUGCACUUUCUUUUAAAACCAGUGGUCUCCCUAGACACCAGGUAUAUAAGAUAUUGAGAAACAAGGAUGACUGAUUUGGUUUGCAUGUCAAUGUUUGAUGUAGUAAACUUAUGUUGUGGUUGUACAUGGUUCUUAUGUACUGUUUGGUGUGCAUACAAAAAAAAAACAAUCUAAUGGUUUUUUGACAUGGGCAAAAUCGAAGCUUCUUAUCGUCAAAGACAUACUUAAAGUUUGUUGGUGUUCAUAUUCUAGUUCAAACAGGUGCCUUGUUUUAUUUAUAUCUGUGAGAUGUUUGAAUGGGCUUAUCUUUACUUUCUGUGGUAGGUUAUGUGGUAGAUUAUGUACUUCAUGGUGUACAUAGUACAGUUUUUUUCUACUUCAGCACACAGGUUAACCAACAUGACUGAUGUACUAGAUUUUCUACAUCUGCAACAAAACUAACCCAGAUAACUUAUACACUUACAACUAGAUAUUCAACUCUAGCAUCAAGACUGACCCACUGACUGGUACAAUAGAUUUACAGCAUCACAGCUAACAGACGAGACCAGUACACCAAGGCUAUCUAAGUACGACUGGUACAAUAGAUUUACAACAUCACAGCUAACAGACGUGACCAGUAUACCAAGGCUAUCUAAGU